UAUACACGUCAUGCGAUAGUUUGGAGGAAGGAAAACUAAGGAGGGAGCACGACCGUUUCUUUCCGAAUCACAAAAGUGUAGUGGAAGUGACGACAUAUAGUACGCAUCAUGAGGACGUCAUAUCGAUCAGGUGACUGGAGGCAGCCAAUCUGCGGUGAGACUUCGCCACAACUGGGACAAACAAACUGGGGCAGCUGUCGGCGUGGAUGGCGUUUUGUGGCGCUCGGCGAGAUGCUAGAGAGCUGGGAGAGGAGAAUUGUUUGUCCCAGUUGCUUCUCCUCACCCAAACUUCCGGAAUCGUGCAAAAUGACGUCACACUCCCUCCUUAUUUUCCUUCCUCCAUGUGCGAUAGGGAAGGGAAGCGCAAACCGCGAUGAGAUGACACGUACUGGCCGUACUGGCGCCGCAGAGGGCGCUGCAACCACUAGGCGAGUCGGGUCGCGGGAAGCAGAAGCUUACUUGUCAACUCAACGUGAGAAGGAAAACGAACAGCCCAAGAAACUGUUCCGCGACGUGUCUUAUGUUCCGCCCGAAGAAACCCUGGAAGCUAUACGGGAGGGACGUCGUCAAUCAGUAUGGCAACUCAUGAAGAAAGAGGAUACAGUACCUUCGCAAGAGGCUCUUCUGGAGUCGGUUCUUAACCGCAUAACGCCGAAUGUGGAACCGGACGUCAAGGAAAAAGUUCAGCAAAAGAAGACGGUUGUCCAAGGCAGGAGUUCAUCAUCAGGAGGGUCCCCCGCAAUGGCGGCUAGGACAAAAAGUCUCUCGCCUUUCUCCAAGUUCUACGACAGAUAUCUCUCGAGGAAACGUGGUGAUGUUUCUGAGUUAUCCUCCCGGGAAUGGAUCACAGUCUGUGGAGGAAGCAUCAUGCUACUUCCUUUCAUGUUUGCUAUAGCGAUAAUAAUUCUUAAGAUGGGCAGGACUCCCGUAACUCUGGUCGACUGUAACAGCGCAGAGUGCAAGAAUCUAUUCCAGGAGCUCGUCAUGAACGUCAACGACAAUGUGGACCCCUGCGAUGACUUCUAUGCCUUCGUGUGCGGUGCAGACACGAAUGACCUUGUAGCGACCGCGCCUACCUCUUUUAUCCGACGCCUCAACGCGACACUGAUGGCUGCCCCUGAACUGACGUCUUCUGACCAAUACGGUUCCCAUAUAAUGAUCAAGUUCUACAAGGUGUGCUACGCCUUUAUGAGCAACAAAGCAAGCGUUUCCCUCGGUGAUAUGGCGGUGACUGCGAGUGUUUUCCUCGACGUCCAAUUUAUGCUAGACAGCAACAACAUAUCGGACGUCAUGAUGCACUUGGCGAGCGUUUCUCUUUCCAAAGGGAUAUCCACAACGUUCAAACUGGAAGUCCUAAGAAAUGAUACUUACAUAUACGGUCAUUUUCGGACUGAAACUUCUAUACGAGUUAAGAUGGCGAGAACGUUGGUGGACUUGGAUGCGGGUCAGGCGAUGCCCCUUAUGUCCGACGGUGAGCUUGAGACGUACAUGAACCACGUCCUGCAUAGCUUGGGAUUCAAUGACAACGCGUCGGAACUCGUCAAAAUGGACAAGGAUGUCGAGAAAACGCUGAGUACGCCUAUCGCUUCCAGGUACAUCGAGUUCCAAGAGCUUGCUCAACUGGUAGCUCCAUACUCGCCCGAAACACUCCUCAUACUAGCCAAUGGGCUUCUUCCGCGUACGCGUCAAUUGCGUUCUGUCCAUGAAAAGAUCUACGCUGAAGGAAUUGAGCAAGCACUCGCUUUACGGAACCUUACCGAUGAUCAGAGUGUGCGAGGAUGGUCUUUGUACUAUACUCUUCACUUACUCACUGGCGUGCUUCGUUUCUAUAGAGUCCCGAGCACUGAGCCGACCACGAUAGCCAUGGCCUGCCUGGGGAUGACCCGAAAGGUCCUGACGCACACAUGGCCCUACUUGGUGAGCAGGACUCUACAUAGCCCAGCAUCCAAAGUCGUUGAGAUGGGCAGAAGCAUACUGAGCACUAUCACUGCCGCCAACUUGAACCAAUGGAUGGACGGUACAAUGCGUUUCCGGGUCGACUCCAAGCUGAAGAAACUAUCUCUCAUUUCCUACGAAGAAUCCAAGCUAAAAAUCAUGGAAGAUGUCAGCUACUUAAGAUUUAAAGUAGAAGACGACGGUUUUGUGAAGGUGUUUCUGGCUUUGACCAAGUUUGCAACGGGUCUUCUCCAACAAGUCCCUCCUACAGUGAAUACAUACACGCUAAGUUUGCAUCAGCUCACUUCCAACUUGACGUACGACGACGGCAUCAACUCGAUCGUGGUGCCUUCGGCUUACCAGGAGCCACCCUUUAUGUACGCGAGCGACGACAUCGCCUUUUACUUCAACUACGCGACGCUAGGAGCGCUCAUUACACGGGAGGUGAUACACGCAACGAGUUCGUCGUGGUCCGGUGCCGAAAAGUUUGCUGUCUUCAUGGACUGCAUCAAGGAGGUGCAUCGAAGCCUAGGAAUGCACGAUGCCGAAGACGAGGCUGCGUGGAACAGGAGCGCUUUCGCCUUAACUUUCGGAGCUCGCCUGACGUAUGACGUCGUUCGUCAUCUUGUUAAGCAGAGAGGGGAGGACGUAUUUACUAAUAGCUGGCCUAAUGUUGAGAGGGUACUGUUUCUUCGGCUGUGCAUGAUGUCCUGUGGACAAGAAGGGAAGCCCAUCGUGCCCAGAGAACAAUGUCUUCUGCCACUUCACGCAAACCCGGAGUUCAUGCGACAUUACGAGUGCGAGGACAAACCCACUUUCAAAAUGACUCCCUGUAUAUCGUCCAUAUUUACUUAGAAUCCAGACACUGCAAUAAGUUGCCCAAUCCCACUGACAUUGGUCAACGAAUUGUCAACAUGGAACGAAAAAAUCUGAGAGGUCAACCGGACCACCCUGCCUGAUUCUGCCUGAAAUCACACAGUAGCAGGGGCGCUUUUUGUAAUAGUUUGUGUAAUUUUUCGUAUAAGAAUGAAAAUAAGUAAUAAUGCAGUAAAGAAAAUAAUAUAGUGAUAAUUCAGUCAAUACCAGGGAACAUGAAGGACUCCUGUCUUGCGCGCACUCCUCAGUGCUGAUAGCAAAACCGAACGUUGAAACGUCGACCGUUAUGGCGGUCGUUGGAAGCGCACAGCAACAGCCUUAGACAAUGGAAGGAAGUAAUGACGUCAGGCAGCGCGGUCUUUGGUGGACAAGUGCUUCAUUCUUGCAGGGAAAGCUAGGGCAACGGUUGUGGUGUAGGUGCGAUCCCCUCUGGAUUUCGCUUUAAUACAGGAUUUUCGUAAACAGUGACGUCAUUAUUGGUUAAUGUAUUUAAUGAAUAGCAGAAUGGGAUCUUGGGAAGACCUCCUGUCUGGACGACCUUUGGAAUGGCUGACGUCACGACGAAUGACAGCGCAGAGCUCCUGACGGCGAAAUCAACGGGCUGCUACGGAGGACGGGGGCUCCGUGGCUGCAAGAUCAA